GUAAUUUGGUGACGGUCCCUGGGGAUAUCAGAGGCUCAACUGUUAGCCAUCACAGGAGGAGAUCUCCUGCCCGAUUGAUUUCAAGUGUUAGUCCGUAGGUGUAGACAUUAUGAUCGCAGUUUUUCAGCGGUCUGAUACUUUGUGCAGACUUUCUGAGGUGCAGUCAGCUGAUCAUAACAGCUGACUCAGCAAACUUUGUCUCUGAACUUGAGUCUGCAGGAUUUGUUUUUUUCCACAGCUGUUUUCAGGAAGUCCUGCAAACGUCGGGUACAGCGAGUUAUUUCAGGCAUGUUUGCCCUCUUCUGUAAGCCCACAGCUACACACAGAGGCUUUUCAUCCGUCUGCAUAAAUUCAUCCUGUUAGUUUAUGUUUUUCACCGCAAGAUCCGCGUUUGGAUCCGAGAGCUGCUGUCACGAGUUUCUCCAGACACCCAGUCACUUCCUGGAAACCACCACAGACCUCCUGCAGCUCCUAAGAGAGGACCAAGAAUCCGGGUUUAAUCUGCUUUCUAUCAGAGACUCGAUAUGCUGUCCAAUAAAGAAGUGCAGCAGCGUUUGGAGGCUGCAGGUCAGGCUCACGUCCUGCAGUUCUGGUCUGAGCUGAACGAGGAGGAGAGGACGAGUUUUCUGCAGGAUCUGUCUCAGCUGGACCUGAAGGGGCUGAAGGAUCACUGUGAGGGGGCUCGGAGGGCUGCAGAGUCCCCGUCGGACAGUCUGGACCAGUUCAUAGAGCCAGUUCCUGCUGGGUCGAUUGGCAGCGUGAGGAAAAGUGACAAGGAGAGGUUGACAGAGUGGGAAAAUGAGGGUAGGUAUCCCUCACACAGACGAGAGAACUCAGACUAGAAAACACUUCAUAUAGACGUAUACACUUAGUUUUUUGUGAAAGCUGUUUGUAGAAUUUACACUAUGUUGUUUCCAUGUUAAGUGAUGAUCAAUUUUAUUUAACCAGGUUAGUCCCAUUGAGAUUACAAAUCUCUUUUACAAAGGAGACCUGGUCAAGAGGGAUUUUUGUCCAUCUGAAAAUAUCCACAUUUCACUUUCUCUUUAGUGAACCAUAAGAAUCUUUGUUGAAUCUAAAUAUCUUUGGUCUUGGUUUUCUGGUGGAAAGAGGAUGUUCAUGCAUAUCGUCUGUACACAAAACACUUAUGGUCAGUUUGUAGAGUCUUUUUUAGGUUUGUUAGAGCCUGGAUACUCCUGGCCUUAGCGUGUCAAUAUGUUUGCACAAAUACGUUUGCAUCCUGCCACUAAUAUACCCUCAUUGUUAUUCCCCACAGGUCUCCUGCAGAUCUCACAGAACCGAGUCGGCGUCCUGCUCCUGGCCGGCGGUCAGGGAACCCGUUUGGGUGUUCAGUACCCCAAAGGGAUGUACGACGUGGGGCUGCCAAGCAGGAAGACACUGUAUGAGAUCCAAGCCGAGAGGAUCCACAAAGUCCAGCAGCUGGCAGAGAGAAGGCACGGCUCCAGGGGUACCGUCCCAUGGUAAGACCAGAUGACAGAGUCUACCUCAUCACAUCAAUCAUGAGACUACCGAGGCUUUUCUGCCUUUAUUUUGAAAGGACAUGACAGUGGAUACACUUGAAAGUUCCAUGUAAGAAAGGUGCUGCAGGCUGGAUUCAACCCUGAGGAUCAUAAGCUCCAUUUAUAGGGCAUCACUCAGACCAAAAGGACAACAGCAGCCUGUUUUUGGAUCAUUUUUAGUAUAGCAUACAGAGAGGUCCAAGAUGGCUGUCAUGAGGGAUUCCAAACUGCAGAAAGUACCAUUAACCAUGACACUCUGUCGUUGUUUGGAUGAGUAACUUAUCAUCCAAUUGAUUACUGCAGAUUUGAAACCAUACGCAGUUUUAUGAGUAGGAGAUCAUGAUCUAUGAGAUCAAAAGCUGCACUGAAAUUUUGCAGUGCAGUACCUACUAAUAACUUACUGUCAUUUUUCUCUAACUAAUCAUCUGUUAAUUGUAUCAAAGCCGUACACAUGUCAUAGGUCAAAUUUUCCUUGAAGAACUUUCAGACAGGGCUGAUUCCUCAUGGUUAUGUCCCAACAGGCUGAAAUUGAACCUGUUUGGUCACCAUCUGGUCAUAUAGUACACGUGUAGGGUUAUAACAAAUUUACACUUCCAGCAGACACAAAGCUGGAUCAGCUUUUAUUGAAUGCUGGGUUUUUGUCAUUAAAUAGGAGUUUAGAGGUCAGCUUGAUAAAAAAAAAUGAUGCUUCAAACAAGGAUAACCAAUAAGUGUCAAUAAUAACAAGGAGUAACAGCUGAACUUUGAACCCAGAGACAGAAACAGACACUUCAAGUGUUAUUUAUGUCCACUGAAACAGUGGACAAACACUGAAUGAUUUUAUGUCAUUUGAAAUUCUCACUGCUGCAUUGAUUUUUUUUAGUUUUUGUGAUUAAACAGGAAAUAUGCUGGACUGUAAUGAUAGUCUAUGAAAGUCUGAGUUUUUGCAGAUAAAACCUCAGACUGUAAGAGACACACAUUAGGUCACUGCUCAGGUAAAUGAAACCUGUAUGGUUGCAUCAGUUGUUGCCUCCAUGGACACUUCUUUAAGAAGGCCUCCUUGUUUGUGUUGUGUCUCUGCAGGUACAUCAUGACUAGUGAGUUCACUCUGGCUCCCACUGAGACGUUCUUCAAGGAGAACCAUUACUUUGGUCUGAAGCCGUCAGAUGUGGUCAUGUUCGAGCAGAGGAUGAUCCCAGCUGUGAGCUUCGAUGGGAAAAUCAUCCUGCAGGCGAAGGGGAAGAUCGCCAUGGCUCCAGGUAGGUGUGGUUUCACCCGCGACCUCUGAAGAGUCAUCAGGACGGUGUGAGACGAUGUUAUAAAAUGUCCUUUUCUUUUUGUGUGUUUAAAGAUGGUAACGGCGGUCUGUAUCAGGCGCUGGUGGACAACGGGGUGUUGGAGGACAUGGAGAAAAGGGGGGUGGAGUACCUGCAUGUCUACUGUGUGGAUAAUAUCCUAGUUAAGAUGGCCGACCCAGUGUUCAUCGGGUUCUGUGUGAGCAGAGGAGCCGACUGUGGAGCAAAGGUCGAGUUUCAUCUCACAGGGGGGAAAAAUGUGCGCAGGGCAACAUGUAAUCCAACACAGAGACACAGAGUACACUGCUCUGUUACUUCACAGACACAUUGCUGAUUCUGGUGAUAAAACAGCAACUUUGCAGCCAUAUAAAUCAAGUCAGGCUUUUUUAUUCAUUUUUUCAAUGUGCUGCACAUCCUUUUGGGAAGGUUCCCUUGAGGAAGUAAAAAUUCCAGCAGCAUCAACACUACUGAAAAGAAAAAAGAAAUGCAUGCACAAGAACCGAAAAUAGCAUUUCUCUCCAGCCCACAAUGCAAACAAUUUCUCGAUAUACUGAGUUGUUUUGUUUUGAGUUGAGAAACAGGAACAUUUGGCAUCUUGAAAAUGCAUGUGAAAAUAAGCAUUCAUCUUUUAAAAACAACAAAUAUCUCCCACAUUAUGAGAUAGAUUUCCUAGCAUUUUCAAAAAUCAGACAAAAGGAAAAGAUGAAGUGUAGAAAAGGUUGAUCAAAGACCUAAAAUAAUGCUGACAAUCUUAACUCCUGGGAGAAAUUUCAAUAAGUUGAGGAUGAUGAAUUGAACUCCAAAAUGAUAAUAAAAAGACACUUUGAAUACAUGGUUAGAACAAGAGUAAGAGCAAGAUGAAAAAUUGGGUAUAGAUUUAGUAAAAUUAAAAAUAUGGUACAAAUUGUUCUCUGUUUUCUUUCUGGCUUCUUAGCUGUUACAACAGGUUCAAUUCUUAAAUUCUUUUGUGUUUCAACGAGUAUUUAGAAAUAUGGUGACAUUAAAUAAGUGUAAACAAAUGUUUAAUCGUAUCAUGUGUCCAUCAGGUGGUGGAAAAGGCAUGUCCCGCAGAGCCAGUGGGUGUGGUCUGCAAGGUAAAAGGUGUCACACAGGUGGUGGAGUACAGCGAGAUCAAACCAGAGACCGCUGAGCUCAGAGGACCUGGAGGAGAGUUAGUGUACAGCGCCGGAAACAUCUGCAACCAUUUUUUUACCAGAGCAUUUCUGCAAGAUGUCGCAGAGUAAGAACCUUCAUUUCCACAUGUGUGACGGUGAAACUGGACUGAUAUUAUCAACCUGACACAAUGAAUAUUAAAAUGGAAGUAAACAGACUGAUACCAGCACAUUCAAAACCUUGAAUUUAGGAUCAAUCCUGAGAGGUGUUACCACUUCUUGUGGUCUAAAACUUGUUUGAUUUUUUACAACUCUUUUCAUCUCACAGGAAGUUCAAAGAGCAGCUUAAACAACACGUUGCAUUGAAGAAAGUUCCCUUUGUGGACUCAUGUGGGAAUCAAGUCAAACCCACCAAACCCAACGGGAUAAAGAUGGAGAAAUUUGUCUUUGAUGUCUUCCCCUUCUCCAGGUAUCGAGUCUUUCGCCUCUGUUGUUGUAUACGAAGUUAAAGCUGAUUAAAACCAUUACCUCUAUAUCUUUGGAAGGAACUUUGUUGCCUUUGAGGUGGUGAGAGAAGACGAGUUCUCCCCGUUGAAAAACGCAGACGGAGCGCCCACAGACAGCCCGACCACGGCCAGAAACUCUCUGCUGAAUCAGCACUGUCGCUGGGCUGUGGCUGCAGGAGCCACGCUGAUUGACGAACAGGGGAAUACCGUUCCUCCUUCAACAAGGUCAGAGCAAAAUGCCUCCAUAUUUACACAUCAUAGGUUGCAGCUUAUAAUGUCAGAAGUUUAAACAUUAUGCACUCAUUCAGAGCAAAACAUGCAUAAAUGGCAUUGCAAAAAGCACCUUAUUCUCUGACACUAGUACUAAAGAAAAUGUGCAGGUAAGAGUUAAACUUUUACCAACUGUGCUUGAGCAUUUUUAAGUAUCGUCACGCUCAAGCUCUUCUGUCACAGCAGCAAUUCCUCCUCUGGAUGACCUAGAAACAACAUUUCUGUGCAUAAAAGUGUGUGUAUAUUACAUCAACAUAUCAGCUCAACACCCUGAGGCACUUGUAAUAAUACCAGGAGACUUCAACUGUGACACCCUCGCCUCUCACCUGACUAGAUUUACAGUUUGUUAACUGUCCUUCCAGAGAGAUUUUUCCUGAGAUUCCAGACAAAUAAAUUUCCAUUUAGGGGUAAAAAAACAGUUCUUGUAUUUUAUUGUAUUAUUAUUUUUAUGAUAAUCAGGAGGUAAAUCACUCUGAGGUUAACCCCCCAGAUACGGGCUGUACCUUUACAAAUGAUGAAUUUAUUCAUAUAUCUAUUUCCAAACAAACUGCUACUGUAAAUUUGUCUUAACUGUCAUGAAUCGACUCCAUGAUGAAAUGGUAGACUUUCCCUCUCUACCCAGCUCAUCAUCAAAAUGAGCGCUGUCAGAAUUAAAACUCAAGGAGCGGCUCUGAGCUGCGAAGUACAGAUGCUAUCGGCUUUAGUCUCAGUCCCAGUCAAACGAAAAACUGGAGCAAACUGCACAGAGAUGGCCUGUAAUGUAGUUCACUAUAAAUCUGACAUCAUUUUAAUCACACAUACUGUGCUGGUGGUGUACGAUCAUUGUGGACUUACUGGUGAGUAGGACGCCAAUAAUAUGAAACUUCCCCAGACAAUAAUUGAAAGUCAGCCAUUACUAACUCGUAAAGGACAUCAUUAUAUGGAGCCCUGUGUUUGAGGAUUUAAUGAACAAACAAUAAGGGAACAAAGAAAUGUGUACCUGGACUUGAGAGACUCAAUGUUGUAUAAAGAUAUUGGAUUUCUUUUUUGUGUUUUUGUUUUUACAGAGUAUCUGUUGGCGAUGUCCCUCCAGCUCGAUGUGAGAUUUCCCCGCUGGUCUCUUACUUUGGAGAGGUGAGGAUGUGAUUGGGCCAGCAGAUCCCUAGAGCCAAAUGAACAAGCUCGUAUGUGCCAAUUGGUGUCUGUUGUUGCUGUAGGAUAUAUAGCAGCCAUUACUGUGCAGCUAGAGGGGCCAGAGAAACUACACAUGCGCCCAAACCACCCAGCCAACAAUAAAGUAUAUGAUUUUGAGCACAGUGGAGUACUGCUGUAACUGGUGUGGCUGUGACUUCAACUAUUAUUAUUGCAAUAGUACUUAAUAGCACUAGGUGGCAGUGUUGCAGAAAUGUACUCAGUAUGUAGAUGAGUUCAGACUGGGACUGUCAGAAAACCUGUAAAAUCUAGAACAGAUCAGAUCAUGUAAGUUGAAGUUUCAUGAAAUUUUAAAAGAAACAAACUUUCGAGAUCCAAUAUGGCUCCACCUACUGUGUUUCAGAGCCCAGGUCCUGUCAAACUAAAAAAUUCACUUUACAUAGACAGGUCUGACUGGGGAGGUGUUUUACAAUUCCAGCUCAUUGUGAGUAAGCUGAUGGGCAUCAUGAAGCUGGUUCUGAACUUUCACUGUUAACUCACGCUCUCUGCUUCAGACUUGGUGCACGGCCACAGAAAAGAGGGUGUUUACAAUUACACCUUUGUUCAUUGAAAGGUACAAUAUAGAAUGUCUGCUUUAGUAGGACUGAUAAAAUGAGAUGCGAGAGAUACUAAAAAAUUCUUUCUGAAAACUAAACCUCUGCUGCUGCAGGGAGGGAAAGAGAAGGAUGCAGUAGAAAGUUGCUGAGUUGAUUCAUAAACUUCUAUAUUAAUUCUACCGCAGCUAUACAACUAGAAGUCAGAUUAAACUGUUGAGUUGGUUUGAUCUGACCCUUCUCUGACUUUCUCUCACUCUGCAGGGUCUGGAUAAGCUGCUGAAAGGACAAAUUCUGCAGACUCCCUUUAUUCUGGAUGAGAAAAAAGCCAAAGAGCUGCAGGCCCAGUGAUGUUUCUGUCAGUACCAGCAGAGAUUCCUGUGCAGAGUGAAUGGAAACAUCCCUGGACAGAUGCAUUUUAACACCUUUAGCCCAAGAUUGAAUGCCUGUUUACCAGAUUUGUUUACCUUUAUAUGGAAUAUUUGUUGUAAUGUCUGCGUCUUUUAUACCGAGAGCUACAAAUAAUGUGACAAAAUACCUUCAAAAUUGAAGGACAAUUGCUGAGGCUGGGGGAUUUUUUCAAGCUUUGUUUUACACAUGACAUUAAAUACAUCAUCAGAUACCUCA